ACAGAAUCAGAUCGGUUCAUCGCCGUCUGGCUGACUCGGGUUCGCUUGUCUCCCGUACAAUUUUGCUCGACAAAAACCAAUAAUGGCGACAGCUGAGUUCGAAUAUGUUCCUGUCACGUCGCAAAAACAAGACCCGGCAUGGAAACAUUGUGAGAUGUUCAGUAACGGGGACAAGGUUCAGUUGAAGUGUGUUUAUUGCGGGAAGUGUUUCAGAGGUGGUGGGAUUCAUAGGAUUAAGGAACAUUUAGCAGGACAUAAGGGCAAUGCAGCUACCUGCCUGUCUGUUCCUCCUGACGUCCGUGCUAUGAUGCAAGAGAGCUUAGAUGGGCUUUUGCUUAGGAAGAGGAAGAAACCGAAUCACGGAGAUAACGUUGCUAAUGACAGCAAUGGUGAUCAUAGUUAUAGCAACUCUGUUCUUGCUGGCGGUAAUAUGGAAAAUUCUGGUAACCAAUCUGAUGGUUUUGUCAAUGAUGGGUUGCACUUGACUGUUAUGUCAGGCGAUGACAGGCAUCCAGGUUUGAGUGUGAUGACAGAGAAAAGGAGGAGAGGGAGACCGAAAUCGACUUCUGUGAAUGCCAGAGGUGGUGCUAGUCAAGCUUUUGUGAUUACCAACAAUCCGGGCGUGGAGAGGGUGAAUGAUCAACUUUAUACAGCAAUCAGUAGAUUUUUAUAUGAUAUUGGGGCGCCUUUAGAUGCUGUGAACUCGGUCUAUUUCAAGCCCAUGGUCGAGGCAAUUGCUUCGAGUGGACCAGUUGUUGUGACCCCUUCGUAUCAUGAUCUUCGAGGAUGGGUAUUAAAAACUAUGGUUGAAGAAGUGAAGAACGAUGUUCAAAAGGUGACGGUGGAAUGGGGAAGGACCGGUUGUUCAGUCUUAGUUGACGAGUCGAAUACAGAAAAUGGACGGGUUUUUCUAAGUUUCAUGGUGUCUAGCCCCGAGGGAACGACUUUUCUGAAAUUUGUUGAUGCGACUAGUGCCAUAAAUUCACCGGAUAAUUUACAUGAGUUGCUAAAGCAAGCAGUGGAAGAAGUCGGCGUCUCCCACGUUGUGCAAGUAAUCAUAAAUGGUAGAGAGGAUCAUUACAUUGAUGCAAGGAAAAGGUUAAUGGAAACUUUUCCAACCCUCUACUGCCUAAGUUGUUCCGCUUGUUGCCUAGAUUCAAUCCUUGAAGAUUUCGGUAAACUGGUGUGGAUAAAUGAUAUCAUCGCAAAAGCUAAGUCCAUAACAAGAUUUGUGUAUAAUCAUAGCGUGGUGUUGAACAUGAUGAGAAGGUAUACCUUUGGUAAUGAUGUCAUAGGGGUUGGAGUAACUCGUAAAGGCACAGACUUUACAACUUUGAUGCGAAUGGUCGAUCUUAAACAUGGUUUACAGGCUAUGGUUACUUCCCAGGAAUGGCUGGAUUCCCCAUAUUCAAGACAACCCGAGGGAGAAGCAAUGCUAGAUGUAAUUACUGACAAAUCCUUUUGGUCAUCUUGUGAGUUAAUUAUCAAGCUAACAUCACCUCUUUUGCGGGUUUCGAGAAUACUUAGCCGCAAGAAGAGACCAGCAACGGGAUACAUCCUUGCAGGAAUGUAUCUUGCAAAAGAGGCCAUAAAAAGAGAACUCGUCAAUAGAAACGAGUAUAUGGUCUUCUGGAAUAUAAUAGACAGUCGGUGGAAACAACAGUGGGAUUAUCCUCUUCAUGCAGCUGGAUUCUUCCUCAACCCCAAGUUCUUUUACAGUUGCCAAGGAGAAAUCCUGAGCAAGAUGCAGUCCAGAGUGUUUGAUUGUGUAGAGAGAUUGGUCUCUGAUACAAGUGUCCAGGACAAAAUUGCCAAAGAGUUGAUUUCUUACAAGAAUGCUGCCGGAGAUUUUGGGAGAAACAUGGCCGUCAGGGCCAGAGAUACCAUAAACCCAGCUGAAUGGUGGUCAACAUACGGAGGGAGUUGUCCGAAUUUGGCGCAUUUGGCCAUCCGGAUUCUCAGCCAAACCUGCAGUUCUUCUGGGGCCAUUCGAGAUUGUCCGAUUCCGUUUGAGAGAGUUUACGAUGUGAAGAACUACCUUGAGCAGCAGAGGCUUCGAGACCUUUUAUUUGUUCAAUACAACUUGCGACUAAGACAGAGGGAAUAUGAGGAGAAGGAAGAGGAUAUCAUGGAUCAUUUCUCGACUCACGGGGUUAAGAAAGGAGUCGAAGAGUGGAUCUCGGGAAGAGAUGGGGAAUACGAAGGCUCGCAUUGGGUGCUGCUUGAUCAGGUUUCUGGAAAUCCACUGCCUCCGGGAUCUCUAAAUGAUGAAGUGGAAGAGUUAAAUGGUGGAUUCGAUGACUAUGAGAUCUUCGAUUCCAUGAUAGAGAGAGAUGUCACGGUCGAGGGAACGCAGCAGAAGGAAAUCUAACAGUUCAAGACAGAGAUUAUGAAACAGAAGGCAUCUUUCUGGCCUGCAAUGUACAAGACUCUUCUUAGUGUACACAGCAGCAGUUGGCUGAUUAGCUGUUCAUACACAGACACCGCUACUUACCUCUCGUUUGAUGUGGGGUCGGGCGAAUGAAACCUUGGUUAUUUUUAUACGAUGAUAAAUAUACACAGCUUCAUCCCCAGACUUGUAUAAUUAAUAAUCUUACGCGCCCUCCCAGUCGUUUUUAUUUUUA